UAUGUUUAGAUUUUAUCGACUGCCGACUUGUCAGUGUAUUUAUCUGUACAUAGUGUAAACAAUCGUCUAAGAUACAAUAUUAUUUGUAUUGAUAAUUUUUAAAUUUGGAAGUGUUAAAAUCGGAUUUUGUGUUGUAAUUUUAGUAUAAUAUGAACUUGUCACCGUAUAGACCGACUUUAAUUGGUCAAAUACGCCUAGUGUUUUUAUUAGAUGUGGUAGGGAGAUUAAAUUAGUGAAAAUCAGUACACAAACAAUUACAUAUAUGGAGGAUACAGAUAGUUCAGCUGAACCCAAUGAAAUCAAAAGACCUGAGCAGGUCGUGAUGAUGGCAACUGCGGACAAUUUGAAAUUUGGCGUUCUUAUUGGUCUUGUCAAAGUAGGCCAAGUUACGAACAAGGAGGUGGUGAACACCGUGCUACACUUGUUGGUUGGUGGCGAGUUCGAUAUGGAAUUAAACUUUAUUAUUCAAGACGCACAAAACAUAAGACAUAUGCUGGAGUUGUUGGAUCAUUGCCCUCCAAACUUACAGGCCGAAAUAUGGAGUGUAUUUAUUGCUAUACUGCGAAAGUCCGUAAGAAAUCUUCAGGCUUGUACGGAUGUUGGAUUAAUCGAACUUGUCGUAAACAGGCUUGCAAAGGCUGAUACCGUUGUCGCAGACCUCUUAAUUGAUAUGCUUGGAGUCUUAGCAAGUUUUAGUAUUACCGUGAAAGAAUUAAAAUUAUUAUUGGGUUCCAUGAAAGCCAUUAACGGAAAAUGGCCAAAACACUCAACAAAACUCUUAAAUGUUUUACGACAAAUGCCUCAAAGAAAUGGACCUGACGUUUUUUUUAGUUUUCCUGGAAAAAAAGGAUCGGCUAUCGUUUUGCCUCCAUUGGCGAAAUGGCCACAUGAAAACGGCUUUACUUUUUGCACGUGGUUUCGAUUAGAUCCAAUUAAUUCGGUCAACAUAGAGCGAGAAAAACCUUAUUUAUAUUGUUUUAAAACUAGUAAGGGCGUUGGAUACACUGCUCACUUUGUCGGAAAUUGUUUAGUACUGACUUCAAUGAAAAUUAAAGGAAAAGGUUUUCAGCAUUGUGUUAAAUAUGAAUUUCAACCACGAAAGUGGUAUAUGAUUGCAAUAGUAUAUAUUUAUAAUCGUUGGACCAAAAGCGAAAUUAAAUGUGUAGUAAAUGGUCAAUUGGCAUCUAGUACAGAAAUGGCUUGGUUUGUCUCUGCUAAUGAGCCUUUUGACAAAUGUUAUAUCGGCGCAACUCCAGAACUGGACGAAGAUCGGGUCUUCUGUGGUCAAAUGUCAGCCAUUUAUUUAUUCAGUGAAGCACUGACUACUCAACAAAUAUGUGCUAUUCAUCGAUUAGGUCCCGGAUAUAAGUGUCAAUUUCGUUUCGACAACGAAUGUCAUUUGAGUUUACCUGAAAAUCACAAAAGGGUGAGUGAAUUUAAAAGUUUAAGUCAAAACUCAUCAAGUCAAAAUUCAGACAGUCCUAGCAUGACCCAGCACGCUGUUGAUCGUUCUGUUCUGUAUGAUGGAAAGUUAUCGAAUGCUAUAGUAUUCAUGUACAACCCGGUAGCAACAGACAGUCAAUUGUGUUUACAGUCAACUCCAAAAGGGAAUGCUUCAUAUUUUGUACACACGCCACAUGCACUCAUGUUACAAGACGUAAAAGCUGUCAUCACACAUUCUAUUCACAGUACUUUAAAUUCUGUCGGUGGUAUACAGGUAUUGUUUCCUUUAUUUGCUCAACUUGAUUUUUCUGCUGAACCAUUGGAUAAAAAAGAUGCUUCCAUAUGCUGGAAACUGUUAGGGUUUAUAUGUGAUAUGGUAGAAAUUUCUCAAACAGUCCAACAACAUAUGAUUCAAAAUCGUGGAUUCCUGGUCAUAAGUUAUAUGCUACAAAGGUCAUCUCGAGAUCAUUUAACGUUAGAAGUAUUAGGUUCAUUUUUACGUCUUACAAAACAUCUAGUCGCUUGUCUCACACCUAAUAAUGAAUUAUUACUAAAGCAGCUUUUGGAUCAUAUAUUAUUUAAUCCUGGUUUAUGGAUUUACACACCUACUCAUGUACAGACUCGCUUAUACUCAUAUCUAUCAACAGAAUUUCUCUCUGAUACUCAGAUUUAUUCUAAUGUUCGACGAGUGUCAACUGUACUUCAAACUGUUCACACUCUUAAGUAUUAUUAUUGGGUGGUAAAUCCUCGCAAUAAAAGUGGUAUUAUUCCAAAAGGAUUAGAUGGUCCUAGACCAGCUCAAAAAGAUAUAUUAAUCAUACGAGGAUAUAUAUUAUUAUUUCUAAAACAAUUAAUGAUGUUAGGAGUUGGCCUCAAAGAAGAUGAACUUCAAAGCAUUAUAAACUAUUUAACAACAGUUUGUGAGGAUGAGAACCUACAUGAUGUGCUUCAAACACUUAUGUCAUUAAUGUCAGAACAACCAGCCUCUAUGAUACCAGCAUUUGAUGUUAAGCAUGGAGUUCGAUGUGUAUUUAAAUUAGUAGCAUCUGAAAGUCAAUUGAUACGGUUGCAAGCUUUAAAACUUUUAGGAUUUUUCUUGAGCCGAAGUACCCACAAGNGAAAAUAUGAUGUUAUGAGCCCAUUUAAUUUGUACACACUUUUGGCAGAACGAUUAAUGUUACAUGAAGAGACAAUAACACUACCAACUUAUAAUGUUCUUUAUGAGAUAUUAACAGAACGUAUUAGUCAACAAAUACUGUAUACGGGACAUCCUGAACCUGAUAGUAAUUGUCGAUUGGAAAAUCCUAUGAUUCUUAAAGUCGUAGCCACUUUAAUUCGACAAGCUAAACAUUCAGACCAGCUAUUAGAAGUUAAAAAGUUGUUUUUAUCUGAUAUGACUAUACUUUGUAGUAAUAACCGUGAAAAUAGAAGAACUGUUCUACAGAUGUCAGUUUGGCAGGAAUGGCUUAUUGCAAUGGCAUAUAUUCAUCCUAGAACAUGUGAAGAACAAAAAGUUUCUGAUAUGGUGUAUAAUCUUUUUACAAUGCUACUUCAUCAUGCUAUAAAACAUGAAUAUGGAGGAUGGCGAGUAUGGGUUGAUACUUUAGCCAUAGUACAUUCAAAGGUUUCAUUUGAAGAGUUUAAAUUGCAAUUUGCCCUGAUGUAUGAACAUUAUGAACGUCAAAGAAGUGAUAAUAUUACUGAUCCUCGUUUACGUCAACAACGACCUAUAAGUACAAUAUCUGGCUGGGAAAAUCAACCCCCUGCACCACCAAUAAAUCAUUCUCCGUCUGAAAGUCCAGAAUCUAUUGCUAGCACUCCUGUUAAAAAUAUACAAAAUGAUGAUAAAAAUCAAACUCAAAACUUAUCACCAACUAAUGAAAUUUCAUCAAUAAAUUGUAAAAAUAAUAAUGAAAAUGUUGAUAAGCCUAUUGAAUUAAAUAAUCAAGUAGAUAGCAAUGGAGGCUUUGAUGACAUUUCUCAUAAAAAUGAUAGCAAGGAGCUUAUUGAAUCCCCAACUGAGUAUUUUAAUAAAAUAAUUGAAGGAAAAAACAGUAUUGAAACAAUUGAAGAAAUAGAAAAUUUGGGUGAUCAUAACAAAUUUGAUGAAAUAAUAGAAAAAAAUGAUUUUAACAAACAAAACAGUAUUAAUGAAAUAGAUUAUGAAAAUUUAGACAAUGAAAAUGAAGAUGAAGGAAAUAAACUUGAAAUAAUUGAUUGUCCAACUAAAAUUAACCAAAAAACAACUGAUAUUCUGCCAGAUAAUGAAAAUGAAGUCUUAGACAAAUUAACAGAAAAUGAGAACCAUAAUAAUAUAAUAAUUGAAGAAAAUUCUCUUACAAAUGGUGAUUUAUCUCCUAAGUCAAAUUUAGAAUCAGAUGAUACUUAUAACAGUAAUCUCCAAAAAAACAAUGAUAGCAAAAUAAUUAAAACAGAGCAAUUGUUAAAUGUCAUUAAUGAGAAGUUAAAUGAAGUUCAUAAGUCUAAUAUCAUUGAAAAUAGAAAUAAUAAUAAAGAAUCAGUUGUUAUAAGUGAUUCUGAAAAUAUAAAUUCACAAGACAAAGUUAACGGAAAUGUGGCCAACCAAGAUAGUAUUAGUAAUAGUAGUGAUAGUGAAAAUACAUUAAAUACUGAAUCAUUGGAAGUUGAUAUGAAUAAUAUUAAUAUUGAUGAAAAAAUUAUUGAUCAACCAAUAUCAGUAAUAAGCAUUCAGACUUGUGAAACUGUAGAUAGUGAUUGCUCUGAAGCCUACUUGACUCCAAGUGAUUUAAAUGACACUCCUAAAAAAAAUAAUGAGAAAAAUUAUUUUAAUCAAAUUAAUGAAAUCAGUAUUAUUAAUACAGAUGAAACUAUUCCGUCCUCUAAUCCUACCAAGUUGAAAUUCCCGUCCACAAAUUCCUUAGAUAAUAGUGAAAAUAUCAUUGAUAAAAAUAAUGAUAGUGUUAAAUGUAAUAAUAUUGAUGAAAUUGCUGCCAAAGAAAUUGUUAAAAAUGACAAUGAUAAUUAUAUAGUUCCUCAAAUACUCGAAGAAAAAAAUGUAGAAGCAAAAGAGACUGAAUUAAAUAAAAUUUUAGAUACUACUAAUGCGAAAAAAACAGCAAGUUUAGAACUUAAAGAUGAAAUGAAGCAACAUAAAGAAGAUGAAAAAAUAGAAAAGAUUGAAAAGAAGCCAAUAACUUCAAACCUAGACUCAAGACCUAUGUUUAAUCCAGGACCUUCUAGACCACCAUUUCGAAUUCCAGAAUUUAAGUGGUCAUACAUUCACCAAAGGUUAUUAUCAGAUGUUCUGUAUUCUUUGGAAUCAAAUAUUCAAGUCUGGAGAGGUCACUCAACAAAAUCUGUGUUGGAUUUUGUUAAUGGUGCUGAAAAUGCAAUAUUUGUAGUCAAUACAGUACAUUUGAUCUCACAACUUUCAGAUAAUUUAAUUAUAGCUUGUGGUGGAUUAUUACCUUUAUUAGCUUCUGCCACUUCACCAAAUAGUGAAUUAGAUAUUAUGGAACCUACUCAAGGAAUGACUGUCGAAGUAGCAGCAUCAUUAUUACAAAGAUUAGUAAAUAUGGCUGAUGUUCUAGUCUUUGCUAGUUCCUUAAAUUUUUCUGAAUUAGAAACUGAAAAAAAUAUGUCUAGUGGAGGAAUACUUAGACAGUGUCUACGUUUAGUCUGUACUAAUGCAGUUCGUAACUGUUUGGAGUGUAAAGAAAGAAGCCGUCUUUUGGUUAUACCUUCACAACCUAAUAAUCCUAAACAACUUCACUUGCAGUCUCUUAUCAGAGCCGGGCAGUCUUCUCCUAAAAGUUUAAUUGAUGGCUCGACAAAUCCAAUACGUGACCCAGAGAAAUUAUUACAAGAAAUGGACAUUAACCGUUUACGUGCUGUUAUUUAUAGAGAUGUGGAGGAAACAAAGCAAGCUCAAUUUCUUUCGUUAGCUAUUGUGUAUUUUGUGUCUGUUUUAAUGGUUUCAAAGUAUAGAGAUAUUCUUGAACCUCCAACAUCUACACUACCGAUGCAAGGUAGCUCAUCUGCUGAUAAUCAAGUACCAUCUGAAAGUCCAACAAAUUGUCAUGGUACUAGACCAUUAUUUCCACAAUGGUCUCAUCAUGUAUAUCCCCAAUUCCUACCUCCAUCACAUUCAAUUGACCCACAAAUGCCCCAUAACUUCAGUCAUCGCAAUAUAAUGUCACAUUAUGCUGUACCCUCAUUGGGACAUCAAGAUGAAGAAGAAUUUAUUACAGCUUCAAUGGAAAAUUUAAAUCCUCCUUCACAAACAUUAAAUAAUUCUUACAAUAAGAGCAUUUGUUCUGAAGAAUUAGCGUCCAACAGUUCUCAAGCAUGCAGUGAUGUCGAUAGUAAUGACACUGAUAUUAAAGCUAGUACUAUAAUUUCAAUUCAAAAUGAAGAAGCUUGGACUGAUGUUAAUCUCAAUGAGGAUUCUCAAUCAGCAAAUGAGGAUGAUAGACGAAUUCAAAAAGAUUUAAGAGGUGAUAAACCUUUAAGUGAAAUAUCUGUUGUAAAUAUACCUGCACCUACUACCCAGAACCUGAAUUUGAAAAAUUCUAAUCAUACUGUAGAAGAUUACGGUCUAAAAAAUGUUAAUUUACCCCAUCAAACACAUCUUCCUAAUAGAGAAGCAUCAUUAACAAAUAAAUUAGAAGCAGCACUUGGUUCAGUAUGCCCAUUGUUACGGGAAAUAAUGGUUGAUUUUGCUCCAUUUUUAUCAAAAACAUUGGUUGGUUCUCAUGGUCAGGAAUUACUAAUGGAAGGAAAAGGCUUAACAACUUUUAAAAACAGCCAGUCAGUUGUUGAAUUAGUUAUGUUACUUUGUUCUCAAGAGUGGCAAAAUUCACUUCAGAAACACGCAGGACUAGCUUUUAUAGAGCUUAUAAAUGAAGGCCGAUUACUUUCACAUGCUAUGAAAGAUCAUAUUGUUCGUGUAGCUAAUGAAGCUGAGUUUAUAUUAAAUAGGAUGAGAGCUGAUGAUGUGCUUAAACAUGCAGAUUUUGAGGCUCAAUGUGCUCAAACAACAUUAGAACGUCGAGAAGAAGAGAAAAUGUGUGAUCACUUGAUUACUGCUGCUAGACGUCGAGAUAGUGUUGUAGCUAGUCGUAUUCUUGAUAAAAUUUGUAAUAUUCUAUCAAAUAAACAUGGUGCAUGGGGUUAUUUACAUGAAAAUCUCCCAUCUAGAAUAUCUCACUUUUGGAAAUUGGAUGUUUGGGAAGACGAUGCUAGGCGACGGAAAAGAUUUGUUCCUAAUCCUCGAGGAACAACUCAUCCAGAAGCUACACUCAAAGCAGCUCUAGAGCAUGGUGCUCCACAAGAUGCUAUACUUCAAGCUAGGGAAGAAGUAUUUCAUGCACAACUAGUAGCUAUGAAUACUCAAAAUGGUCCAGGUAGUCAGUCAUCUGAUUUACUUGAUGAUUCAGAGUUAAUGAGUGAUGACAGGGAGUUGGAUGCUGAUCUCGUAGGUCCCGUGAAUAUUAGCACAAGGGCAUCUUUGAUCUCGGCAGGAGUUGUUGCACCUGGUACUAUUUCUAUUACAUCUGCAGAACUCUACUUCGAAGUUGACGAAGAUGAUACAGAAUUCAAGAAACUCGAUUCUGAGGUGUUGAAAUACUGUGAUCAUCUACACGGAAAAUGGUAUUUUUCAGAAAUCAGAGCAAUAUUUUCGAGACGAUACUUGUUACAAAACAUAGCCAUUGAAAUAUUCAUGGCCAGCAGAACUUCUGUCAUGUUUUCAUUUCCUGAUCAAAAUACAGUCAAAAGAGUCAUCAAAGCUUUGCCUAGAGUUGGAGUUGGCAUUAAAUAUGGCUUGCCACAGACCAGACGAGCAUCUAUGAUGUCUCCUAGACAAUUGAUGAGAAAUUCUAAUAUGACACAAAAAUGGCAGCGCAGAGAAAUAUCAAAUUUCGAGUAUCUCAUGUUCUUGAACACUAUAGCAGGGCGAACCUACAAUGACUUAAAUCAGUAUCCCGUUUUUCCUUGGGUGUUGACGAACUAUGAGUCGUCAGAAAUGGACUUGGGUCUCCCAUCUAAUUAUCGUGAUUUGUCAAAGCCUAUUGGUGCAUUAAAUCCUAGCAGAAAAGCAUACUUCGAAGAGAGAUUUAGUACAUGGGAAAACGAUAGUAUUCCACCAUUCCAUUAUGGUACACACUAUUCUACAGCAGCUUUUGUACUAAAUUGGCUCAUACGAAUAGAACCCUUUACAACCAUGUUUUUAGCUUUACAAGGGGGUAAGUUUGAUCAUCCUAAUCGAUUAUUUUCGUCAAUAGCACUGUCUUGGAAAAACUGUCAAAGAGAUACUUCCGAUGUUAAGGAAUUAAUACCGGAAUUAUUUUUCUUACCUGAAAUGUUGUCAAAUGAUAAUGAAUACAAGUUGGGACACCAAGAAGAUGGUACGUCUGUUGGUAAUGUUGAUUUACCACCUUGGGCUUCAUCUCCUGAGGAAUUUAUUAGAAUUAAUAGAAUGGCAUUAGAAUCAGAAUUUGUGUCUUGUCAACUUCACCAAUGGAUUGAUUUAAUUUUUGGUUACAAGCAGAGAGGUCCUGAAGCAAUAAGAGCAUCAAAUGUAUUUUACUAUUUAACUUAUGAAGGUAGUGUAGACAUGGAUACAAUCACUGAUCCAGUUAUGAGAGAAGCAAUUGAAAACCAAAUACGCUGUUUUGGGCAAACACCAUCACAGUUAUUGAUGGAACCUCAUUUGCCAAGAAGUUCAGCUAUGCAUAUUUCGCCAAUGAUGUUCACAAGUAUUCCUGAUGAUGUUUGUAUGACAAUGAAGUUUCCGUCCAAUUCACCAAUAUGUCAUAUUUCUGCAAAUACAUUCCCUCAGCUACCAAUGCCAGCUGUUGUCACAGUUACCAAUAACAUGCAAUUUGCUGUAAAUCGAUGGAACACUAAUUAUUCAGUUACCAUUCAAUCUCCUAGUUAUGCUGAUAGUCCUCAACAGCCUAAUGUAAAUUUGCCACUCGUCAUGGAUCAAAUUUUAACCCAAUCAAACAAUAAUUCAAGUUUAACAUUAAGACGCCAUCUUGGUGAUAACUUUAGUCAGAAAUUGAAAAUCAAAUGGAAUUGUUUUGUUACUACUGUCGAUAGCCGUUUUUUGAUUGUUUGUGGAUUUUGGGAUAAUAGUUUCAGAGUUUUUUCAACAGAAACAGCAAAAAUUGUCCAAAUUGUAUUUGGUCAUUAUGGAGUUGUAACUUGUUUAAGUCGCAGUGAAUGUAAUAUAACCUCAGACUGUUACAUAGCAAGUGGUUCUUCAGACUGCACAAUAUUGUUAUGGCACUGGAAUGCUAGAAGUCAAACUAUUGUUGGCGAAGGAGAUCAUCCAACUCCUAGAGCUACCUUAACUGGUCAUGAACAACCAGUAACAUCUGUAGCUAUAUCAGCUGAACUUGGAUUAGUAGUAUCAGCAUCAUCAGGAGGUCCAGUUUUAAUUCAUACUACAUUUGGUGAUCUUCUAAGAUCAUUAGAUCCUCCUAAAGGAUUUGAUAAUCCUGAAUGUGCAGUUAUGUCACGCGAAGGAAUAAUUGUAGUAAACUAUGAACAUGGAAGUAUAGCAGCUUUUACCAUCAAUGGAAAAAGACUGAGGCAUACAACUCACAAUGAUAGUAUUCAAUGUAUGUUACUUAGUAGAGAUGGGGAGUAUUUAAUGACUGGUGGCGAUAAAGGAAUAGUAGAAGUAUGGAGAACAUUCAAUUUAUCACUUUUAUAUGCAUUUCCAGCUUGUGACAGUAGUGUCAGAUCAUUAGGCCUUACCCAUGAUCAAAAAUUCUUAUUAGCUGGUUUAGCUACAGGAUCUAUUGUAAUAUUCCACAUUGAUUAUAAUAGGUGGCACCAUGAAUUUCAACAAAGAUAUUAAUUAAUACCUUGUAUGACUAAAUAUUGCAUUUACCUUUUGAGUUUUUCUGUAACCAACUAAAAUACUUAAAAUAUUAAAAAAAUGUAUGUAUUAUUUACAAAAAAAUACUCAACAAGUGCAAAAAUUGACUACCAGUUCAGAGAAAUUAUUGAUGAAUUUACUCAAAAUAAAAUAAAUUUAAAUUUAUAUGCUCAUCAAUGGUUGUUAAUCAUAAUAAUUAAUAAAUUUCUAUUUAAUGUUACCACAAUUUCUAAAUAACUUUGUUUUUACUAUUUAAAUUGCAGAUAAUUUUUUAUAGUGUACCUUUUUUAUGAAUC